UUUCACGCGACUCGUUUGUGAACGGUGAUGGAAAUUCGUGGGCACAUCCAUGUCAUAGCGAUUUGAUUGAAAAUGCGGAGCAGCAGCUCGGAACUGCUCCUGGACCAGCUCGUGGGGCUAAGAAGGAGGAAAAUCAAGUGGCUCUCGCAGUGUUCCGUCUUUCCCUCGACGUCGAGUUUUCAUGCAAACCAGUGAAAAUUUCAACGACUCUUUAAAAUGAGUAGCAGCAGUUCGGAACUGCUCCUGGACCAACAAGAGGAGUUAAGAAAACGCAAAAUAAAGGAACUCGCUGCAGCUAAAAAGGCGAAACCGGUGGCUGGUAGAUCAUGUCGGGAACAAGCACUGUUCUAUUCGACGAGUUUACUAGCUAUAAUCGCCAUGACAGCCGGUUCAUCACUACUAUUUUUGGUACCUUUAUAUGUAGAUCCAGCUAUUUCAACAUUGGCCUCAAACUUUGUGACUGAACCCGUUACUUGUGUUACUACCCGGAUCGAGGAACUAACCGGACUGGCCAACUGCUCUUGGAGUUCCUGCAGGGAAGGAUGCACAAGUGAUGCCUACCAUUGUACCCACAUUUAUGUCAGUUAUAAUGACAGCAAGGUGGAGCCGUACAAUACGACAGACGACGCGAUCCUCUUGGUAAACAUAAAGGGAUGUGGCUACCCACCAAACGUAUUGUGUUCCAAUUUCACCGAUACAUACGGCGUUGAGGGUACCGAGUUUCCGUGCUAUCACUCACGCGAAAACCGCACGGUGGUCCUCACCCAUUACGAAAGAGACGAACAAGUGGCCAUCAUCAUACAUUACUUCGCCGUACCGUUUGUUAUAACGUUGGCGACGUCGGUGGCGUUGUGUGUUAUGCAUUGUGACUGCAGAUGUCAUCCCACAUCACAUCAGAAAAGAUCGAGACGGCCUAGGAUCCAGGAUCUGAGCGAUGGCUCUAUAAGCAUCGGGGUCGACCUUAGGCACAACUCGAGUUAUCAUUCCGAUUUAGUGGCUAUAAGACCUAUGUAGUCUUAAUUAUGGAGGGUAUAGUGCAGCUAACAAAUUAUCAUGGUUCUGUUUUAUCGUUACAUGGGCUUAAGUUAUACAUUUUCGAAUUUGAUAUUUGGUAAUUUUGACACUGGUGAUUGAGUAUGGGGUUAUCUAGUCAUGUAAGUGUAAGCAAUGUUAUGUUCAACAUGUUUUGUCAGCGUUUGAACUUAUGUAGGUGAUAUAUAUUCCAAUGUAACUUAAGGCUAUAAUGGGUAAGUAGAACUAGUGACAGUUUCAGUAUUCGAUCUCAUUAAAAUCAUUCACUAAACAACAGGAAAACAACUUGAGAUGCUCCAUAUCAUCACUACAACCACAGUAAGCAUUGAAAAACUCACUGAAGCUCAAGAGGCUUCAGCCAAACAGCUCCAUGUAACGUCUCAAGUUGGUUUCCUGCCUAAACCACAAAAUAUAUAUAUUUAAAAAAAUCAUAUCAAUGUAAUAAAUGUAAUAGAUGACUGUGUUAAAUGUGAAACUCCAUGUAAUAAGUGUUCUAUACGACCUACUUUGUGAUUUGCACAGUUCUUACAAAUCUUAACAUAACAUUAUCAGCUUCUAUUACUAAUUAAAGACGUUCUUACUAAUUUGCUGCCAUUUCAAUUUAGUUCCCUAGUUUGGGCGGCGUAUUUCAAACUGUUAGUAUAUCAUACCCUUAACAAGAUCAUUGGUGUGUCUAUGUGAACUAGUAAAUGUAGAUGUAUAUCAAGAUGUCAAAUUUGAAAAUGUGUUUUUGGUCUGUACUGUAGAAAAAGUAGGAAUUGGUACACGACAGCUCAAAUCAAAUGUGGGAAUUUUUCAGUUUCAGAACUGAAGCUUUCGAGUCGAGGAGCUCAGCUGCAUAUUCUAGGGUCUAAAAGUUUGUUGUCGUAGCAGAACUGUGGCUUGAGUAUGAUAACAACGGGUGGUAGGUUUAGACUAAGUAUUUUACGUAUGCACUGCUUUAAGCAUAUCAAGAGCAUGACAACUAUAUAUACAAGAAUAAGUUGUAAGACUCAGAUUAUUGAGGGGGCGGCUUAGGCGGGGGACUUCGGAAAGGGACGUCUCAGAUCACGCUGAAAAAUUGCAACACAUUUCAACAACCACGAUGAUUUCAAUUACCAAUACUAAUCGAUUAUCCCCGCUGAAUUUUAUUGGUCAGGGGAUUGUUGUUACGAUUUGGUUGUGCAUGAUUUAAAACCAAGCUUCUGUGUAUUCCCAUUAUCGGUGUUUAUGUAAGAAAUGAUCUAGUUAUUAGUAAGUAGAUUUUAGAAACUAAUUAACUAAGAAAAGAUAAAAUACGUGUGUCGUUUUCCUCCCGCUUAGAUUAGUUGGAAUUUUGUAGCAACUUAUUUGCUGUUAUAUAAUAAGUUGCUUGUCUUCUUGUUGAUAAGACAACAAAAUGGUUAAAACGGACCUGGCAUCGUUCCAAAAAAAAACUAUAAAAAAAAAAUGAUAUUUGGUAUACCAUUUCGUCGUAUUCCCUCAGAUCGGUCUCUUCUAUUUCUAGUCCUCAUCAAUCCCUUCUUCACCAAUGCAAAACGUUUCAACGAAGUUUUGCGAAACGCUCUACACCAAGUGCUUUAUACUUUACAGACAUUAACUGAGCACCAUCAGUACAAAUUCAUUUCAUAAAUCAUCGGCGACAAACUAAUGAAACCGCAUCGAUGGUGAUUGCUAAUUAACUGGUUGGUGUUAGUUGGGUUAGUGCAAUCUGGGAUCAAAGUUACUGAUGAUUAAAAAAAAAAAAAUGUUUGGUAGAUGUUUGAAAAGCUUGACCUUCUAUGAAUUCGGCUUUUGACUUGUCUUCGGAUCUAGCCUUUAAACUACGUGUUGUUUUCCGAUUUUUUUCUUGAACGUUGCAAUUUUUUUGAUGUGAUCAAAGGUGGCGUGUCACGGGGGUUGAUUUUUGAGGUAUUUCUAGCACAGUUUGCAACCUGAGAUUGAUUGACUUUAUAUCACACUAAGCACAGACUCGGAUGGAACUGUUACAAGGUGGAAGGGGGAAGACUUCCUUUCUGAAGUUCUCCGCUGAAGCUCAUGAGACAUUCUGUAUACAAUUAAAUGAAGAUUUUUGUUGACUGUACUAUAUUGAAUAUAGGGAGAUUAAAAUAUUGACUGGACUUGUCAACAUAGUUCCUUGGAUUUGUUAGGGUGGUUUUAAAAUGUCAACUAUUGUUAUAUUUUACAUCUACCGUAAUAUUUUAUAUAAGCAACGAAUUAUAUACUCACCUAUAUUUUAAUUUCUCUGUAUUAAAUGGUAUAUACAUACAUGAGUGUAAAGCUACUAGAGAUCAUAUGCUUAAACAAAAUAUUUUUGAUUUUAUAGAGGCAUCUUUCAAUUUAAAAAUGUAUUUUUAUAAAAAUGUUAUUUUCAAUUAAAAUAUGUUAAAUAUAUAAAAUGUUUUCAGUUAGAAAUAUAAUGUGUCGAAGUUAGAAAUUUAUCAGGUUAAUUUUUGUAUUAAAUUUUAUAUUAAAAUAUUAUUAUAAACACAAUUUUAUCAUUGCCCUUUU